UCACCAAUCGGGCUCCUCCCCUCUCGGAGGAGCUCUCUAGUGUGUGGGACCAGCGCCUCAGGCCAGGCUGAGGCUGUCAAGCUCCGUCCCAAGGCGCCGCGAGGCGACUGCUGGGGUCCCCUGAGAGCUCAGUUCCUAAGUCAAGCAGGUGCCCAGAGUUCCCUGUGCUGUGUCCCCAACAGUUCCGAGGACGAGGUUUCAGUGCUCACCCUGUCCUGGUGGUGUCUGAGUUUGAACAUGGUUCAGAAAUACCAGUCUCCUGUCCGUGUGUACAAGUAUCCAUUCGAGCUGGUCAUGGCGGCCUAUGAGAAGCGCUUCCCCACCUGCCCACUGAUCCCAGUCUUCCUGGGCAGCGAGGUCCUACGCGAAUGGCGCAGCGCAGACGGCGCGGUGCACACGGUGGAACGGAGCUGCCGGCUGCGCGUGGACGCCCCGCGGCUGCUACGGAAGAUCGCCGGAGUGGAGCAGGUAGUGUUUGUACAGAGAAACGUGCUGGACUGGAGAGAGAGGACACUGAUCAUCGAUGCUCACAACGAGACCUUCGCAAGCCGCGUGGUGGUCAAGGAGAACUGCAGCUACUCGGUUCACCCUGAGAAUGAGGACUGGACUUGCUUCGAACAGUCAGCCUCCCUGGAUGUCCAGUCCUUCUUUGGCUUUGAAAGUGCUUUGGAGAAGAUUGCCAUGAAGCAGUACACUGCCAGCAUCAAGAGGGGGAAGGAAGUGAUCGAGUACUACUUGAGUGAGCUCAUCUCCCAGGGCACCUCCCACAUUCCCCGCUGGACACCUGCCCAUGUCCAGGAGGAAGACACCUGCAGCUACACUGUACAACACUGCCCCAGCUUCCUAGAAACUGCUAGCCCCAGCGCCCCAGGCCCAGCCCCAGAGAUGGCCACUGCUGAUGGGGACAAGCUGGAUGCAGACUACAUUGAGAGGUGUCUGGGCCAUCUCACCCCCAUGCAGGAGAGCUGCCUGGUCCAGCUUCGCCAUUGGUUACAGGAGACCCACAAAGGCAAGAUCCCCAAAGAUGAACACAUCCUCCGGUUCCUGCGGGCUCGAGACUUCCACCUGGACAAAGCCCGAGAGAUGCUCUGUCAGUCUCUGAGCUGGCGGAAGCAGCACCAGGUGGAUCUCCUUCUGCAGACCUGGCGGCCCCCAGCCCCCCUGCAGGAGUUCUAUGCAGGAGGCUGGCACUACCAGGACAUAGAUGGCCGGCCCCUCUACAUCCUGCGCCUGGGCCAGAUGGACACCAAAGGCCUGAUGAAGGCGGUGGGUGAGGAGGCGCUGCUGCAGCACGUUCUUUCUGUCAACGAGGAAGGGCAGAAGAGAUGCGAAGGAAACACAAGACAGUUUGGCCGUCCUAUCAGUUCCUGGACCUGCCUGCUGGACCUGGACGGCCUCAACAUGAGGCACUUGUGGCGGCCGGGGGUGAAGGCCCUGCUGCGGAUGAUUGAGGUGGUGGAGGACAACUACCCGGAGACCCUGGGCCGGCUGCUCAUUGUGCGCGCACCCCGCGUCUUCCCCGUGCUCUGGACUCUGAUUAGCCCCUUCAUCAACGAGAACACCAGGCGGAAGUUCCUCAUCUAUAGUGGCAGUAAUUACCAGGGCCCAGGUGGCCUGGUGGACUACCUGGACAAGGAUGUGAUACCUGACUUCCUGGGAGGAGAGAGUGUGUGUAAUGUUCCAGACGGAGGGCUGGUCCCCAAAUCCCUGUAUCUAACAGAGGAGGAGCAAGAGCAAGCUGACCAGCUGCGACAGUGGAGUGAGACUUACCACUCAGCUAGUGUGCUCCGAGGGGCCCCCCAUGAGGUUGCCUUGGAGAUUCCAGAAGGCGAGUCAGUCAUCACCUGGGACUUUGACAUCCUUCGAGGAGACUUGGUGUUUAGUCUGUAUCACACAAAACAGACACCCAAGCUAGGUCCCCGGGAGCUUGGUGCUGGGGUCAGGGCCACUGGGCAGCUGAUUGACAAGAGCUGGGUCCUGGGUGUGGAUUACAGCCGUGUGGAGGUGCCUCUCAUCUGCCAGGAAGGGCAGAGCAUCCAGGGUUCACACGUGACACGAUGGCCUGGCACCUACCUGCUCCAGUGGCAAAUUUACAACCCUCCUGAGAGUGUGGCCUGCAGCCUCCCAGGCAUGGAUGAUGUUCUCACGGCUCUGCACAGUCCAGGGCCCAAGUGCAAACUGCUAUACUACUGUGAGGUGCUGGCAUCCGAGGACUUCAGGGGCUCCAUGUCCAGCCUGGAAUCUUGCAUCAGCCGCUUCUCCCAGCUGAGCACCACCACCUCCUCCUCGUCCUCUGGCCAGUCCCACAGUGGCUCCAUGGUGUCCAGAUAGUCAUGGGGGGUCUGCCAGCAGCCCAUAUGCUUAUGGCAGUGUUCAGGAUGGGACCCUUGGGACCACACCAGCUGCAGAUACUGUGACAGCUGGGGUGUGGGGAGCCCACUGCAGGAUCCAGCUCUCAGCCUGAGCACAGAGGGAGUCUUCCCUUGCUUUUGACUUUCUGUAAGGAAAGGCUGAGGCCUGGUGGAUGCUCUACCUCCUGUCUCCUGUAUCUGGGGUCUAGGGAUGGGACCAAGGCUAAGAUACCCUCACCACUUUCUGUGCUUUGUUCUAGGCUGGCUCUAUCCUCAGGGAGACUUUCUCUACCCAAGGUCUGUUGGAUGUCUGUCCAUCCAUCUGAAAUGUGUGUGUGUGUGU